UUGGGGUUUAGUCAGUCAGUGACAGACAGCACAUUAGUUCAGUAACAUACAGUCCAUUAGUGCAGGUGCUCGCUAUAACAUGUUGCUCGGCUUGUCACCGGGCCGACGGCUGCUGUCUCACCGACGUUGCCUCCUGCAGUGUCGAAGCAUUAAAACAGAAAACACCGCCAGAAGUGCUACUCUGGACAGCGUGCUCUCUGCAUUCAGGUCUAUAUGUGGUGAGGAUGGCGUGUCAUUGGCUGAAGCUGUCAGAGAGCAACACGGCAAAGAUGAGUCUGUACACAGAUGCUGUCCCCCAGAUGUGGUGUUGUUUCCUCGUUGUGUGGAGGAGGUCAGCGCCCUGGCCAAGGUCUGCAACCACCACCACCUUCCCAUCAUCCCCUUUGGCACUGGAACUGGCCUGGAGGGAGGGGUCAGCGCAGUCCAGGGGGGUGUGUGCUUCAGUCUGAGGAACAUGGACCAGGUUCUGGAUCUCCACGAGGAGGAUUUUGACGUGACGGUGGAGCCUGGUGUGACUCGGAAGGCCAUCAACGCCUACCUGCGAGACACGGGCCUAUGGUUUCCCGUUGAUCCUGGGGCCGAUGCGUCUCUGUGUGGCAUGGCUGCCACUAGUGCGUCUGGUACCAACGCAGUGCGUUAUGGAACUAUGAGGGAAAACGUUUUAAACCUGGAGGUUGUGCUGGUCGAUGGGACCAUCAUACACACGGCUGGGAAGGGCCGACGUCCCAGGAAGACAGCAGCAGGCUACAACCUGACAAACCUGUUUGUGGGGUCAGAGGGCACCCUGGGGAUCAUCACCAAGACAACCUUGCGCCUGUACGGCAUCCCAGAGGCCAUGGUGUCAGCCGUCUGCUCUUUUCCCUCCGUCCAGGCUGCUGUAGACAGCACAGUGCAGAUUCUACAAGCAGGAGUACCCAUCGCUCGCAUCGAGUUUCUGGAUGAUGUGAUGAUCGACGCGUGCAACAGGUUCAGCUCUCUGUCCUACCCUGUGACCCCGACUCUGUUCCUGGAGUUCCACGGCUCGGAGCGAAGCCUCGAGGAACAGGUCAACACAGCCGAGGACAUCACUCAGAGUAAUGGUGGUUCGGAUUUUCAGUGGGCUAGAGAUGCAGAAAUACGGAACCGGUUGUGGAAAGCUCGUCAUGACGCCUGGUACGCUGCUCUGGCUCUCAGACCUGGCUGCAAGGCUUACGCUACAGAUGUGUGUGUCCCUCUGUCUCGCCUGCCUCAAAUCAUAGUGGACACAAAGGAGGACCUGAUUGAGAACAGACUUACAGGUCCCAUAGCCGGUCAUGUGGGUGAUGGUAACUUCCACUGUCUGAUGGUGGUGGAACCCACUGACCCAGAUGAGCUGCACAGGGUCCACCUCUUCACUGAGAGACUGGCCAGGCGAGCCCUGGCCAUGGACGGCACAUGUACAGGGGAGCACGGAGUGGGCUUAGGGAAGAGAGCGCUGCUGUGCGAAGAGAUGGGACCCGUGGCCGUCCAGGUCAUGCAGCGUCUCAAGGACACUCUCGACCCAAAGAACCUGAUGAAUCCUGGGAAAAUUCUGCAGCCGAGAGAACUAUAAACCAGAGAGAGCCCUGAGAGAAAAGUCACUAAACACAGAGAAUGUCAUCCUGAUCUGCUCACUGUUUAUGGCUUGAUCACAGACUGAUAUGGAGACUUCAGAGUAUAUUGCAUAGGAAGUACUUCCUGUUAAAACUGGACUUCUGGAUGAGACAUAACAGGCUGGGAUCACUCAAAUGAAAACCAAUAGGAAGACACUGUUAUUUAAUGUGGGACAUGUGGGAUUAAAUAGGCCUUUCUCACAGCAGACAUUUUGUGCCUUGUCACUGAAGGAAAAGCGUGUCUUACUGAUAGCACUAACGAUGGCAGUGAGCCAGCAUGCCCGAUUCCAGGGGUGCAUCUCAAGUCUCUUAUUUGAACCGGAAGUUGUUCUUGUGCGCCAUCUUGAAGACCGUCUCAAAGCUCUUAUUUCUGCUCUGAGAAGCGAGGAGGGAUCUCUGAGGAGCCGGGGGCGAGGACACACGAGAGCAGCCUUCACGGAAGUCUUUUACCGACCGACGCGCCCCCUUAUUGGAUAUCAUUUACUGAUCGGACAAUGCUGCUGAUCGGACUGAUCCGAUUCAUCUUAACAUCACUAGAAUUUUAUACCGGAGUGAAGACAGAUCACAGAUUAAAAGUUUUACAGUUUAGUUGUCUUCUGAUUCACCAUCUAGUUCAAAUCUGAGUUAACUGUAGGUGUGAACGACAAACGGACCGUGUUGAUGGUAAAGUGUUCGAGCAACAGAAGGACCUGCAGUAUCUCUCCUUCACACACCGCGGUGGCUGAAGGAGUCUGACACUGACAGAGCUGUUUAACACGUGAUAACGAACGGACGUCAAACAACUUUCUUCAAUUAUUAGAAAGCGUUUUCCUUUCAUGAUCUGUUAUUUCCCCCAUUCAGUCACAUGUGAGACUGAUAAUUCCUGAGCGUUGGCUUUGAUAGGAGUUACAUCCUUUCAGUUUUCCCUGAAACAUUCAGCCUAAUAAAUAAUUUCUAUUGUUCAAAAGACACAAUAAUCAUAUUCUGGGUUAUUAAAUAAUGAAUUCAAAAUCAGAAUAUCAAUAAACACUAAUAAUGAAUAAA